AUGAAUGCUCAUCAGGUGAUCACAGGAGCGCUCAACAAUGGCGAAAAUGUAUAUGCACUAGGAAACGUCGAAGGGUUAACAUUCACGGCAUGCGCCGUCGGCUCCGAUGUCGUUAUUUUGGACUCGGACUUCAAUCGUGUACAAAUUAUUCCCGAAUCGAAGAAUCAGUUGAUAGUCAGUAGUUUGAGCUGUUGUCAGGAGACAGGAAAGAUUGCGGUGACUUAUGGAAACCUUGUCAAAAUAUUGGAGGUCACAAAUUCAGUUGUGGAUAAGAGCAAGCUCAAAAGCCUUAUUUUCCAGUUCCAUUGGGUGGAGACUUACUCUUUCACUCACAAGGAACCCAUCAGUUCGGUACAAUGGUCCAUGGAAGGAUUGCGUCUUCUAUUCGUUAUCGGAAACAAACUCGUACUUCAUCAGCAUAGAAGUGUCAGUAGCACAAGCAAAUCUUUCACCAGCACUCCAGUCUCAUUCUCCAUUUCUGAAGAAGAUCUCCAGGAGCGGCACACUUGGGAGGUCAUUUGGACCACCGCACUUCCAUCAAAGCCAAAAUUUAUCAAAUACUCACCGGAUGGAUACUAUCUGGCUUUGGCCGGCGACCGCGAUUGCUUUAUCAAAAUAUUCCAUCAAAACACACUGGAACAUUCGGAGCUGGAUUUUUGUGAAAUAAUCCUAAACCAUCCAGCGCCGGUUUGUGGCUUUGAAUGGCGAAAAACCGGACGAUAUAUGCCAAGAAAAUGCAUCUCACCAAUUUUGAUGUCCUGGUGUGAGGAUCGAACGUCACGCAUCUGGAAGGAGACACCAGCACCUGAAGGAUCGAUCAUUGAUUUGACUGGUGAAGGUGGUGGGGAUCCGUUGUGGGAUCGGCAGAAGCAGAAGAAGUUUUUGGGGAAAUAUAUCAGAGUGAAGAAGACGAAGACGAGGAUUUUGAACAAGAUACGGAAAAUGAUGCCCGAAAAACACCAGGAAACCGAUUCCAACCCUAUCGGGCUCCGCGCACAAAUUGGCAAGAGCCCUUCACUCCUUGAUUUCCCAUCACCAUUGUCGAAAGAAAGCGAAAAAGACAAAAUCGAGCAGUCCGAGGUGUCAUUCUACUUGGCUGCCACCAUCAAUGCCGAAACAGAUUGUCUCUUGGUUCCUUCUUUCAAUGACACCAACAUCCGGAAACCAUUUUGUGUGCAUUGGUUGAACAAUAAGGAGUUGGUAUUCAGUGUUGGAGCGGAGAAGUUGCUCGCCGAAGCUGUGCUCUUAGAUCUUGAUGGUGAGCUGAACAGCUUGACAAAGUUCGAAAUAUAUUCUAAAAUUUCAGGUACACCUACUGCGAACCACGUGCCUGAAGAAGAAUCGCCGAUGGAGGAGAUCAAGUCAACGACGGACCAUGAUCAGGCUCCAUCUGACAGCUCUAAGACAGCAGGCAGUACAUCGUCGGAUGCUCCUUCAUCCAAAGAUAUUCUCGAUGUGAAACUGGAAAUUCUUUUGAGACAAUGGACAAAAUCAAACGAUGUGUUGUUCUCCAUUCACCCAGUUGACGGAUCUCUUCUAACCUGGACUGUCGAGUGGUUAGAUGAUCAUUUCCGUCAACCAGUCAUCUCGUAUAGUUCUCGACUUCCUGGUGCACUGCCUUCAAGUGAUUCAAUGUCUCUGCAGUCUAAAUUGAAUACGUUCAAUCCACAUGAGCCGAUUUAUCUGGAUGCGUUGAGAAAUUCCGAGGACAAGGAUACAAGUGUGAUGUUGCAUGACAAGCUACUGGAAAGAAGAGUUUCUAACACAAUUCAUGUGCUCACUUCUCACGAUAACGGAACUCUUAACCUAUGGCACAUGUCUGUUGAUGAUCAGAGUAGUUUCUCUUGUGUCGUCAGUAUGACCCAUAUCUCCAGAAUGUGUGGACAUAGAUUCCAGAUGCAACAGGUAAGAUUUCAUAUCAUUGCUCACCCGGUUCUCCCUCUCCUACUGACCACUUCCAAAUUCAAGUCUCCCAAAGUGAAAGUAGACUCAACUAUGGAUGUCCUCUCUGAAGUUAUUCUCUGGAAAAUUACCCCAGUCGGACCGUUGUGCAAAAAUGGAGGAGUGAAGGAGCUGGCGCGUGUUGCUAGUCCUAUUAUCAGCGGUUUCUCUACUGUUGGAUGGGUCCCUGCAAUUCUCCCUAGCUGUACACUCGGAACAGUUUGCAAUUCGCCAUCCUCAUGCUUCAUCUCGUGUGAUGGAAGCCAACUAAUCAUUUACCAAGCAGUUCUCGACGCUCGUGGACUUCUUUCUGAACUCUCCAACGCCAAAACUGCAUAUUCCGGAAGAGAAACUCUUGACAACUACAGCGAUAAAAUUCUUCGGACUCCAUCACCACGCAGUGAUCGUGCACCAACUUUCUUGAAGCAAUUCAAUGUAGUUUCUACACAAUCGACAGCAAAACCAGGAUGUGUGCUAGAAGUUGGCAAAAUUGAAGACGUGAAUCUGAAUGAGUUGAAUUUGAUGUUCCUUCACGUUUUCCAAUCGAGAAUUGUGAUUGCUAAUGAUGAAGAAGAUGCAAGUGAGAUCAGUGCGAUGAGCAGUGUCAUUGAUAGAAGUCAGACUCCAACUUUCAAGGACAAAUUCUUCAUUGUCGUUGUUGAUCAGAAGGAGAAUGAGGAUGUAAUCAUGAUGUUCUCUCUUACCAUCUCCUCCCAACCGCCACAAUCCAUUCCAAACUUUGACACUGAAGUUCUACCCGGCGAGAAAGGAUUCCUCCGUCCGUCCAGUCCUCUGGCUCCUUCCAUGGCGAAAUUGAAUUUUGAAGCGGACCUUGUUUGUCGACAAGUCAUGCCACUUCCAGAGGGAACUCGUCUCACCAACGUUGUCCCAGCCGCUGGACACCUCUCCUCUUCCUCCAUCUACCCAGCAUGUGAGACCCCAUACGUUUUGGUGUCAUCUGAUAAUGAUGACUCGGUGAGAUUCUGGAGAUGCAUCAAAGUGACGGAUCAAGUGAGUCCGAACAAGUUUGAAUGGAGAGAGUGGAACAUGAUUAGCGAGAAUCAUCCAAGUGAAUUAGGAGUAGAAGGCGCCAUCGUCAAAGUCAACGCAGCGCACAGCGGAAGAAUCGCCUGUGCAUACCAAAAACCAAACAGGAACUCGUCCGACCCCAAUAUUUCCAUUGAAGUUGCAGUGUUUGAAUGUGAAUCAUCAGGAGGAGUGGAAUGGUUCCGUGAGGAUUCCUUCAGUAUUCAACAGAAUCAUUUCUAUGAAUUCUCGAAACCACACUAUCAAGACGCGCACAACAAACGAUCCUCCUCCGGCGAGCAGGAGCAUCUGAAUCUACUGCAACAGCGUACGGAAGUUUUGCGUGCUAGUUUCCGACGUGGUGUGAUUUCUCGAAUCAAUACUGGAAAACCAACCAAACCGUCUUAUGAGCUCAUUCGUGCAAUUGAGAAUUCAUCGCCAUCGGUUACGGAUAUUGCUCAAAGUAAGAAAAAUAUACAAAUUUCGAAACUUAUGGAACUUUUUUCAGUGAACAUUGAGAACAUUGUUCGUCUUGAUUGGGUAUCUACGGAGGAUGGAACUCACAUGCUUACCGUCGGAAUGGGUACCAAAGUAUACAUUUAUGCACAAAUCGGUCAGGAUCCUGCUCAACAAAAUGUCACAUUGAUGAGAGAAAGUGAGACAACAAUGCGAAGACCAUCAAUUCGCAAAGCGUCAUCUCUUCUCCCGAACAUCCAGCCAAAUAGUCGGUUCACCAGUUGGGUCUGCUGCCGUGUGCUUAAUUUGGACACUGCCGACGGACUUCCACCGAUUCCAACUGCUUUGAGUUGGGUGCGCGACGGUAUUCUGAUUGUUGGAAUGCAAAGUGAGAUGAGAGUGUAUAAUCAGUGGAAUUUCAAAACCACUGAUAAUAAUAAGUUGAAGAAGGCCAUCCCAGCCGCCAACCCCAAUAUCGUCAGCUUGACAGUCUCCACAUCUCAUUCGAUGCUGGAUCAAUUGACUCGCAAGAAGGAGGCAUUGGUAUCCAGUCGUAGCAGAGUUUUCCUAGAGUUUGUGAACACUAUGCACAAAGCACAUCCAAAAGAAAACGAAAGUCAAAUGGUUUUGGAUAUUCUGAAGAGCGAAGGAGUCUUCGAGACAGCUCGCAUGGCUUCACCAAUCCUUCCACAAUACCAUCCCAAACAGCUUAUUGUUCUUUUAAAUGCCGGCAAGAAACGACGUGUCAAAGCGAUUCUCAAUCAUGUUCUGUCUUGUCUGAAGCAGAAAAAGUGCGCCGCUCACAACCCACUCAGUCGAGCAGCUUCUAUCAAAAGAAUGUCUACUGUAGACCGUGGUGACUCUGUACCAGCAAUGCCAGUAGAUGCGAGAAUGGAUGACGACUCGAUGGACUACGAUGAGAUUGACGACAUACCACUGCUACCUUUGUAUGCUUUGAUUGAAGCUGACCAUGAAGUUCCAGUUGUUCACGAGAAGCAAGAAGAAUUGGUAGUGAAGAACACUGAUGAGUACGAUGACUUGUUUGACAAUGGAUAUGACAAAGAUGGUGACAUUGAUGCCAUAUUGAAAGAUACAGAUUCUGUAUACAGUGGAAGAUCCCGUCAUUUAUCAGUUGGAAGUGAUUCUGCUGCUAGAAACGAGAGUCACGUCACCGCAACGUUCACUGCCAAGGACUACAGAAAGCUAACCGAGCUGCUCACUCACACUCAUCUUCCAGGAUUAUCCAGUGUAGAUCAAAUGCAUCUGUUGGCUAUAGCUGACACUUUGAGUCACUUUGCCAGUGACGCUCAGGACAAGGUGGAACAAGCUAAUGCAGCAAUGAAGCCAGUUGUGCGAUCAGUUCUUGGAGACAAUGCUGCUGGCGGAUAUGCAACCGCAGCUGCCGGAGUGGAAACUGUCGACGAGUGUGGAUUGAGAUACUUGAUGGCUAUGAAGCAACACGAAUAUCUCUUGGUGUGUCUUCCGAUGAAACAGCGAAUGGAACUAAAGAAGACUGGACUCUCAGCAGCCAAUAUCAUUUGGGCACAGCACUCGGAAACUGAAGUCGAGUUGUUGAAUGCGGUUCCAGGGAUGCAUAAAACAAGUCCAUCGUGGGAGGAAUUGAGAGGCCUUGGAGUGGCAUGGUGGUUGAAGAAUACCGCAAGUUUGAGAAUUUGCAUUGAAAAGGUUAGUAUUGCCAAAGCGUCAUUCCAAGCAAACCAAGACCCAAUGGACGCUUCCUUGUUCUAUCUUGCUCUUCGAAAGAAAAAUGUGCUUACUCAUUUGUUCAAGACUGUCCGCAACCAGACAAUGGCUGAUUUCUUCAUGAACGACUUCAACCAGGAGCACUGGCAAAAGGUCGCCGCUAAGAAUGCAUUCGUCUUGAUGUCAAAACAACGAUUCCAACAUGCUGCAGCAUUCUUCUUGUUGAGUGGAAGUCUUAAAGAUGCGGUUCAGACUUUGUGCAGCAAGUGUAAUGACGUUCAAUUGGCUCUGGUUGUCGUGAGAAUGUAUGAAAGUGAUCCAGAAUCUCAACAAGCAAUGGUCAAUGAGUUGUUGUGCAGAGAGGUUCUUGGAAUCACCUACGAAGAAUUCGAGCAGCAACGUGGUCGCACUGACGAAGACACCCCUGUUAGUGUUCACGCCUCCAAAGAACCAUUCGAAAGAUCUAUGGCUUUCUGGAUGCUCAAGGACUACACAAGAUCUGCACACACUUUGGUACAAGAAGCACAAUCCGACCGCCUUCUAUCCAGCCUCUCUGACAUUUUCAAUUUCUACUCUUAUCUUCGCAAACAUCCAUUGGUUGUCCGCCAAAGACUCAACAACAUUGGAGCUCAAGUCGGAACCACAGAGAAACUUCUGGCACUUGGAAGACAGCUCGAGAAUAUUCUAACCCCACCAGAACGUCGUUUGUUCUUCAGAACAUCCGCUGAACACAUGGCUCGUGGAUGUCCAAUGCUUUCAUUAGAUGUGCUCACAAUGCUACCAAAGAAUAUUAGUAUCGUGCAGGAUUACGACGAGGCACUAAGGACUAUCUUCGGAGGAACCGAGCAAGCAGUACCGCCACCACCGCCUGUGGAAGUUGAUUGGAGCAAACCUACAACUUCUGAUGAGCCGGAUGAGUUGAAAUUAGACUGGAGUGAUGAUGAAGACGAGGAAGGAGCUGCUGAGCUGGAGGUUAAGCCAGAAGAACCUGCACCUUUGAUUGUCAACGGCAUGGACAGCUCUGCAGUGUUGCAAAGUCAACUUGUAGGAUCAACUGACAUUUUUGCGCAGCAUAUGAAGUUUGUGGCGUCUCUAAGGAUACUCACCGAGGAGUUGUCAACACUGGCUAGUGGUUUUGAUGUCGAUGGUGGACAGUUGAGAAAUCAGCUCUUGAACUGGCUUGAACGAGAAGUGGAAGUGCUCCAAACCAACUGCGACUACAAUGCGGAGCGGAAACCAACACUGCCCCAUGAAGAAAAUCAAGAUUCUGACUACUGGAGCUCUACAGGAGCAAACUAUGAGCAUGCUGAGCAAAAGUUGUCACGUGCUAGUCCAGGACUCACACCAAAACGGAGAAUAUGGUUGAAAGCCAAUCAAAAGCUACUGAGAUCCUUCACAUCUUUUUGCACGCUUCACUCGGCACACAACCAUCGUUUGGCAUCAGUUCUUAUGGAAUUGCUUUUACUUCUGCUCAAUGUUCAACGUGAUGCGGAGGAUGACAUCUUGCCAAAGCAACUCUUAGCCUCCGGUGUGAGCACUUUCCCUCUGCUCGAUGCAGCCGUUUCAUCUCCGAAGAUGUUUGUAUCGUCUCCAUUGGCUUAUAUUGAGAAUCAAGGAAAUGAUCUUCUUGCUUCUAUCAGCGAGCUUCACAAUGUGCCGAAUAUGGCUGGUGACUUGCAGAAGUGCUACAUGCUCUACAAUCUCUGCCAAGGUUUCUCCUGCUGCAUCUAUCUAUCGUUGACGGAUAUCGACCAGACCUACUCCUCGAUGCUCAAUUUGGAGCCAAGACCCGCUCCAAUUGGAAGAUCCGACAAUCAUGUUGUGACCCCACCUGUAAAAUGGCCUGGUGUAGAAGCAUUAGUGGCGUUGUUAGGACGUGAGAAGGAAGAUGAUGCUCCACAACUCCGAUUGCUCAUCAUCGAGUCAUUCCUUGCUAUCUCAAUGUCACUGUUUUGUUUUGCAUUGUCUGCUUACGACUCUCGUUGGUUGUACCGUCUCAGCGUUCAUGAGAUCGAUCCACACAAAUUUGGGCAAAUCUUCGGAGGAGGUGGUGAAACUAAGAAAGCGUCUCAUCCACCAGCCAGACCGCCACGACCUGCCGCACCAACUCCAAAAGAUUCAACAGUCGAAAACAAUGGGGAACAAAUUCGAAGUCGUUUGAAUUUGCGAAUUCUUGGAAACGAAAAAUUCUCAACGGCAUCAAAAGAUAGUCUCCCGUCGGAGCAAUCCUAUUCAAAGUGGGUUCCACCACAAAUGAAUAUUGUGCAGUUGUUUGCCGACAAACCCAACGUUAGUCGUCAAGACGAUGAAGAUGAGACUAUGUACGAUUCUGAUGAAGAAGAAAAAGGAACCGGCUAUUCAGACGACGAAGACAACGAGGACGAAUGUUGUGAGAAUGCAGCACCUUCUAGUUUUGCUUGGCAAUUGCUCAGACUCGCGCUGAUCCAACAACAGCUGUAUCGUGUCAAGCAGUUUUUGGUGUUGGUUGGAUUUGAUCCCAGAGAUAUUCCAACUGUCGCUCCUCGAAUCGACGCCGUCCUUCAACAACUCAGCAACUGGAUUGUUCAACAACAUCAGACUCUGAAAACGUUUCCUGGUGGAAUUCCAAAUGACUUGUUGCCGGAUAUGACCAUUGAUACUAGUGAUCAACAUCUUGCCGCCACAAUGAAGAAGUAUGCAGCAUUGGUGAAGAAGAAUAACACUCCAUUUGAAUCUGACGAUAAGAAAAUCCAAACUAUUCGCCGCUUAUGGUCAUUCUUGGUGAGAGAAGAUCAUCUUCAAGAGAUCUUCAUCAAGUACAUCUUCUCACAACACAGCAUCAUGGAAUCCGCCCCAGAACCGGUCGACGCGUUCUUUGGAAUUGAUAGCAACCCAAUUCUUCCAGAAGCGUUCAAGAUUGUUCAGAAGGAUAGCGAACCCAUUGUUGCGUUCGCUUGCAAUCAAGAGAGCCCAGGGCUCAUUGUGGUCUCUAAUGGACGAGAACUCCAGGAGAUGGAUAUGUCCAAUGUGUUUAAGGAUCAAUAUGAUCAGACUUCUUGGAUGUGGAAUCGAGCAGAGUUGGAUAUGAAGAACAUUCAUUCCAAACGAGACGCAUUGCGAGACAAUGAUGAUUAUCAAAUUUUCACGGACUCAAACGCCCACAAUGCCAAGCAUACUAACGUGGAUGUUCAUUUCUAUAACAACCCGAAUUUUUUUCAGAUGAUCAAACGGCACAUCCCUGGUGUCCGACGUAUCGAUUCCCAUCCACACGCUCCAUUCUAUGUGACUGGAUCUUCUGAUGGAUCUAUUAAAGUCUGGAAGUGGGGAGCCAAGGAUACGGUUUACACUGCAAGAGUUGCCGGACAACACGCCAAAGUUGCUAAAAUUGCGUUCUCGUGCAAUGGGAACAAAUUUGCCGCUGUGGACGGAGAUGGAAUGUUGUGUCUCUGGCAAGCCAGUCAGGCAACUGAACAAAAGAAACCAUUCUUUGUGAGUUCAGCUAUUUGGGUGAAUGAAUAUACCUCAAUUAUCCUAAUUAUCUUUCAGAGUCAACGUUGUCACAACAAAUCAGCAGCCGAUGUUUGUUUCCUUGGUCACUCAUCAUCUGUUCUCCUCACCGCUGGAUCCUCAUCUCUCGACUACAAUCUUGGCCUCUGGGACACUCUUCUCCCAACCAACAGAGCUCUUGUUCAUUCCUGGGCUGCCCAUCCGGAAGGUGCCACAUGCGCACUUUACGUGCCAAACCAGCAGACCAUUUUCUCUGGAGGAAGACAUGGAGAGAUUUGUCUUUGGGAUAUCAGACAACGUCAGUUGAGACACACCAUCAAGGCUUUCGAUCAGAUGCAUAUUGUGAAGACGUUGGCGACAGACUCGGCACAAGAUUUGAUUGUGUCUGGGUCCAGUGAAGGAGAUAUAAAGAUUUGGUCGGCCGAUGCGAAUCCUCAAUUGAUGUACAAUCUGCCUGGAGAGCAUACGGCGAAGGGAGGAUUCUCGUUUAGACAAGACCAGAGAAGUUUGGAAUGCCAUAUUCGGAAUUUUUCGAAACAUCGAAAAUCAGAGUUUCACAUUUUCGGAAUUCAAAAAUUUGGCCAAUCGUCUGUCCAAGGAGUCCAACAACUUUUCAUCGAUCAAAACAUGCGCCUCUUCUCGUGUGGUGCUGACGCCUCGCUCAAGUUCCGAACCUUACCAUCUAUUUUCAACAUGACGAAUCUCAUCUAA